AUGUCUCCCACGAACGUGAAUCGGUGCCCUCUGGCGCUUUGGGGGAUAAUCAAACUUGCUACUGAGCAACAGAAUCGAAAUGGUCUCGAUCGGGUAUGCCAUUCUCCUAUGAACGUCAAGGGAAAUCCCCGAUGGACCACAGAGGCCGGUCAAUUGAGUUCGGAAAAUGAAUGGCGAGUCCUUGUUCGAGGGCUGGUCAAUUCAGUCCCACUUGGAUCCCCACUAAGAUUGAUGAGAGAUGCAAAAAAAUACCAAAGGAAAUUUGUACGUGGUACUAUGGAGGAACGCGCUUGGACGGCGCUUGCCCUGGUCAGUCCACACCACCCAUUCCCUCUACACCUCCUGCCUUCGUUACGCAGCGCACUGAUCCCAAAACCUCUUUGGCUUGUCCUGAAAGAUCUCUUUGUUACCAUCUGCUUUCUCAGGCUCAGAAUUUCAAAUCAUACAUAUGACAUACUCUCUUCAUCCCUGAGCGUGUAUGAAUGCUGGGAUUAUUCAGAUUCACGGCUUUCUAACCCGGUGGAUCAAAAGACGGCCUCACCAACCCGACCCCUUUCUGCGCCAGGGUCCCUCAAUCCACUGCGCCACAAUGUGGACCUCUUCACCGAAGGUUCGGCGAUUGAGAGGCCGGCGCGCCGCCGGGCAUGCUCCUCCGACGGGACAGCUAGCCCUCACCCCCCAAAUCUCCGAGGUGAUGCUUACCCAUCUUCAACCCCACGUACCAAACGCAUCAUUUUUAGAGAUUCCCGCUCCACCAUGAUUAGGUCAAUCCAUGCCAAUGGGACUAGACAGACGGAGAUCCCAAAGGAUACAAGUGGAAUUAGAAUCCUUAGCUUUGAUGGUGGAGGACCUGGCUGCUUCUCACAACUCAUUAUUCUGGACGAGAUAAUGUCUCGAGUCGCCCAUGACAGAUCUAUCGACAAGAAGCAAAUGUACCCAGCUGACCACUUUGACUUGAUGGGUGGCGUUGGCUUUGGCGCUAUUAAGGAUGCGAUGAAAGAGCUCCAUGCUUUGGGCAAGAAGCUCGAAACUGAAUCAGCCGGACGAAAGGAACCGCUCAUCGUUCAGCAUAGAGCCUACUGGAACGUUCUGAUCCUUCAGCAUCUCUUGGACCCCUAUCUUCAGAAUUUCGACCCCUCUCUGUGGGUCGA